AUGGAGAAAUCCCGGCCGCUAUGGGACAACCCUGUGCAGUUUGUUUUCGCCUGCAUUUCUUAUGCCGUGGGGCUGGGAAAUGUGUGGAGGUUUCCAUAUUUAUGCCAGAUGUAUGGAGGAGGUGGCUUUUUGAUUCCGUAUUUCAUCAUGCUGAUCGUGGAGGGGAUGCCGCUGCUCUACCUGGAGCUGGCAGUGGGGCAGCGCAUGCGCCAGGGGAGCAUUGGUGCCUGGAAAAUAAUAAGCCCCUACCUCUGCGGGGUUGGCGUUGCCAGCGUGGUCGUCUCCUUCUUCCUCUCCAUGUACUACAAUGUGAUCAACGCCUGGGCCUUCUGGUACCUCUUCCACUCCUUCCAGGACCCACUGCCAUGGGCCACCUGCCCCCUGAACAGCAACCGCACGGGGUAUGAGGAGGAAUGUGAGAAGACGUCGUCCACCCAGUACUUCUGGUACCGGCAGACCCUGAACAUCUCCCCCUCGCUGGAGGUCAGCGGGGCCGUGCAGUGGGAGCAGGCACUGUGCCUGACGCUGGCCUGGCUGGUGGUCUACCUCUGCAUCCUCCGCGGCACUGAGUCCACCGGCAAGGUUGUCUAUGUCACGGCCUCCUUGCCGUACUGCGUUCUCAUCAUAUACCUCAUCAGGGGGUUAACACUUCACGGUGCUGUCAAUGGGCUUAUUUACAUGUUUACACCAAAGGGGCAGUGCUGGGCACUGAGUGCAGCUUCACAGCCCUGUCCUCCCUGUCUGGUUUUGCAGCUGGAGCAGCUGUCGAACCCCAAAACAUGGAUCAGUGCCGCCACGCAGAUCUUCUUUUCGCUGGGCCUGGGCUUUGGCAGCCUCAUCGCUUUUGCCAGCUACAAUGAGCCGAGCAACAACUGUGAGCGCCAUGCCAUCAUUGUCUCCCUCAUCAACAGCGCCACGUCCAUAUUUGCCAGCAUCGUGACUUUCUCCAUCUAUGGCUUCAAGGCAACGUUUAACUACGAAAGCUGUAUAAACAAGGUGAUCCUGCUGCUGCUGAAUGCUUUUGACCUGGAGGAAGGCUCCUUAACAGCAGACAACCUCAACGAGAUGAAAGACUACCUCAUGGCCACCCACCCGCAGGAAUAUGCCCAAUUACUGCCGCAGCUUAAAAACUGCAGCUUGGAAGCUGAGUUAGACACGGCUGUCCAGGGAACAGGGUUAGCAUUUAUUGUCUACUCUGAAGCAAUCAAAAACAUGGAGGUGUCUCAGCUGUACUCCGUGCUCUACUUUGUCAUGCUUUUGAUGCUGGGCAUCGGCAGCAUGCUGGGAAACACCGCCGCCAUCCUCACGCCCCUGACCGACAGCAAGGUCAUCGCCACCCGCUUCCCCAAGGAGGUCAUCUCGGGUGUCGUGUGUUUCAUUAACUGCAUCAUUGGCCUGAUAUUCACCAUGGAGGCUGGCAAUUACUGGUUUGACAUCUUCAAUGACUACGCAGCCACCCUCUCGCUGCUGCUCAUUGUGCUGGUAGAAACCAUUGCUGUGUGUUACAUCUACGGGCUGAGAAGAUUUGAGAAAGAUCUUCACAUGAUGAUUGGACGCAAGCUCAACUGGUAUUGGAAAGUUAUGUGGGCUUUUGCUAGUCCUUUGCUGAUUAUAAGCCUAUUUAUAUUUUACCUCACCGACUAUAUCCUCACGGGAACACUUCAAUACCAAGCAUGGGAUGCCACGCAGGGGCAGCUGGUGACAAAAGACUACCCCGGCUACGCCCUGGCAGUGAUAGGACUGCUGGUGGCAUCGUCCACCAUGUGCAUACCCCUGGGGGCACUCGUCACUUUUGUACAGAAGAGGCUGAAGAGGGAAAGAGUCUCAACCGUCGCAUGAACGCCAACAGCUGGAUUUGGGAAGACCUCACCCGCAUCGCCAGCGCCGGGGCGCUUCUGGAAGACAGCAGCAACCAUUAUCUGUAGCAGCUACUUAGAGAUUUGAGGAUCUUGGGUGCUAUAUUUACCAAAAAGCGCUCCCGGGAGGUCCCACAACGGUUCAGAAAACAAGCUCUUCUCUAACAGGAUGAAGCUUUAACAUGGCCUCUGAAAGAGGGGGAAAAGCAGAACAGCAGCUCACAACAUGCUAGCUAGCAGGAAUUAACCCGCAGAUCGACCCAUUAUGUACCUUAGGCAAUUCCUUUCCUCUCUGCUCUAGCACUGCCUACCUGGAAACAUGAGCAACCAGCUAAGCAUGUUCCUGGAUAAAAGUACUGGCAAAUAUCCUUACUGGUCCACAAAGCCAACCCUUACGCAUGCGUGUGUUUCAUCAACAGGUGAAAUUGCUGAAGUUUUGUAACGUGAAUGUAACAAUCCCUUUCCUGCAAGGGAGAAAUCAGUACGAUGGUGUAACUACGGCCAACACGGCUUCUUCUAUAUUUGUGUCCAGCAAAGCAGUUUAUAUAUGAGCUGCAGAAGUUCUCAUCUCCAGAAGUAAACUUCCACUUCCAGUAUGCAAUUCUGCCCUGUGCUGUACUUGGAAUUUGCUAGGGAUGCACUCACUAUAGGUACACUAAAAAACCCUGUGAUAAAGCUCCUUUACAAGCCCCACCCAAGCAGAAGUAUGCCGUGUAAUUAGCUUUGACAAAGUUCAUAUCCAAUAUACUUUAAUUUUAAUCGUGACAAGCAACAAUGCAGCAGCUCCAUAGAACUGUUUCAUUUGCCUAUGCGAAUGUUUUAUAAAGUACCAUGUUUAAAAUUUAAGCUUCAUGUUGCAGAAAACAGUAAAAAUUUUAUCUAUGAACUUUUAAAGAGGUCACUGAAGAACAACGUAAGAGAAACACUCAUGGGAAACAGGUUCUUAAUAUAGCGUCUUAAUUACAUAACCAUUAGAAGAUAGCAAGAGCCUUGUAAAAGAGGGAUUCGUUUCAAACAUUCCCAAAGUACACCAACACAAGCAUUUCUCUA